AUGGGUGGCAAAGUUCUUUGUCAACCUCUGACUUGUCCAAGCGCGAACAGAAGACAACGAAACUGCGCUGCACAAAAAGCAUACAGGCAACGGCAGACACUCUAUGUCAGAGAGCUCGAAGAGAAGCUGCGCAGUGCGUCCAAGUCGGAUAAUGAACGAUUCCAGGAGCUGGAAAACAGCAACAGGUAUUAUCGUCAUCAUCUACUUGAGGCUUACAAGCGGCUGGAGAGCACGCGCAUCAGCUUGGAGAGCGUCCUGCAUUCCGUCGCUGGUGCCAUUGGGAUGCAAAACAAAUCUCAAAGACACCAAAAAUGUGAAGACACACCUGGAGGCCACGUCGAAACGCCGUCGAGCGAUGCUGAUCCAAAUACUUUUCAGCCCCACGAUUUGAAUGUACUGUCUGUUGAACCGUCAACCACUUUUCUGGGGCCUCCUGUCGAGGGCCCCUCCCUAAGCUCGCCCGAUGAUUUUGCACUGCUUGAUAUGCCUCCGGGAAUCGACGGUCUAGAUGAACCGGCCAGCAAUCCUUUGAUGACCACCGAGAUCUUUGACAUUCGAAACCAGGGCACAAAGGAUGUCGAAGGGUUGGUGCUGGAGCACGAACCGCACCAAGCCCCCGAGCAAGUCCCGUUAAUGGAUGAAUUCUUUCCUUCAAGCAGCCAGACUAAUGGCAAAUUUUCGCACAUGCCUCCUCAGUUAACAUUCGAUCUCUCUCAAAUGAGCUACAAGGGUUUCCCGUCUCUCACUGACCUAAGCCCUGUAGUACUUGACGCCAACGGAUCCCGAGUUCGUAACACCAAUUCCCCCUUCUCUGACCACAUCAGCCUAGUUGAGUACUUGAUACGGCAAGAAUGGUGCAAAUUUGCAGCGCGUGGGGGUGGAGAACAUUCUUCAAGCCUGCAAAACAGUAUCUCGUUCAUGUUAUCGACAUUUACAAGCGUGUCUUGGGAGUCGAUGCGGCCUUUUUGGAUAUACACAAAAGCACACCUUCCAGUGAUUAAUGUUACGUCUUGGCGAUUAAGCCCUUGCCACGAGACUUAUGUCAAACUCGCCUCGUGGUACCGACCCACGCACGUCCAGCUCGCCGUGCCGCAUCCGGCCGUUAUCGACUGGGUACCAUUUCCAUCUCUGCGUGACAGGCUGAUCCUCCUUCACUCCUGCAAUCCGCGACUCGAUGAGAUCAUCUGCGAGAUUGCGGACUCCUACGUGAUGGAGAUUGACUUUUCAAGAUUGGUGUCGGGAGUCGAGCCAUGCUUGGUGUAUGUGCGGGCCCUUGACCUCAUUGCGGCAAUUUCAAGCACAGAAGAGUCUAGGACUACCUUUCACGAGGGUCAUCCGGUUCCUCUGACCCAACAAGACGGCUUUGCCUCUGAUCUAGAAUUCUUGGCCCCAACGACGUCAAAGGAAUUCUCGCAGGGUGCUUUCUCGAGCGAUGCGAGUCCCACAUGGUCCGAGAGCCUCCCUGCUCCCUCUGUGGCUGCAAUAUUCGGCUCCAAAACAUUGGCUCUCCAAGCUUUGCUAAUGCUCGAGAUGGAUCGUGGCCCGGGAGCGAUGAAGCUGCAUCCGGCGUUCUUUGAAAGACACCCGGAACUUUACGACAGCAGGUCGGAAGGCGUAAUUGCACGCGGCAUUGCUAUCAGCCCGUCACACAAUGGACACAUGAAACCAACCCCUCUUUUGAAGCCUCUGGACCCCAAGACCUUGACGAAAUAUAGCGAGAUGGCCAGGUGGUACUUUGACGUCUCGUUCGGAGACGAGAAAGGAACAUCGUGA